UAUUUGCCAAGCAAGGCCCAAAUGUUGCAAAAAUCUGAUUAAAUUGAAUAGUUAAAGUAAAAAGGAAAAAGGGAAACUUAAAAGAAAAGGAAAAAAAGAGACGUUACAUAAUUUACAUAACAUAGGCAAGUCGAAAAAGGAAAAAAGAAAAGAGAAACCAAUUUGGAUUAGGGCUAAAGUUUUGGUUAUAUAUAGACAGUGGACGACACGAUCUCAAUUGAUUUCUAAAACUAACCAUGGCGGAUCAUAACACUCCCCCCUUUGAAGUGGCGAAACUCGAACAUUAUAUAAAAUACCAACCAGAAGGUGAAGAUUUCGUUGUCGAUGCUGAGGUCAAGGUUCUCCGAAAAGGAUCUCCUCCGUUAGAGAUGUUCUUCUCAUCCUCGCUCGAUGAUUUCGUUUUGGACGACGAAGAUUGUCCCGAGAAAGAACUACUCUACGAAUUAUUUUUCGAUGAUGCUGGGAUAGAUGCAUCCGAGGCUCAGUUCUUGCUCAAUGACUUGAUUUUGUACGUUUGUAAGAUGACACAACCGCUUGACGUAGAAUUCACAGGAGUUUUCAAGUUGAUGGUGGAAGUUAGGGUAAACUAAACCCUGUCAAGCUUUAAACCAUCCGGUUCAGAGGAAACCGAAUCCCAAUAACCAAUUGCUACUACGGAGACGAGAAAGCGACGGUGAGACUUGAAAACCAAAAUAAAAGGCAGGAUCGGAGAGUUAGGUAGGGUUUUGUGUCUUGGAAGAUAAGCAAAGACUAUGUUUUUUCUUUUCUUUUCUCUACUCUACCAACAAAUUUGGAUUCUCUUUUAAAAUUUAAAUAUGUAAUAUAUAAUGAAUUCUUUUGUGAAAUAAUUAAUUCUGUCGUUAUAAUUGCACAAGUUAGAUAUAUAUAAAAAACGAGCAAUUCUGUGAAAUUAGAGCAAUUGUUACAAAUCCAAGAGCAAGAUUAUAUACUAGCGAUCCGAAUAUAUACAAACCGUAAUAAUAUGUUCGAACCCAGAGUAUUACAAGAAAAAAUAAUAAACAAAUAAUAGCGAAAUUUUUAUACAAUAAAACUGGAGAGAAUAAUUCACAUCAGAUCCACACACAAGUCACAACUCGUUGUAGAAAAAAAAAACAUUCCAAAUAGCUCAGAAGCAGAUGUCAAGGGCACAACAGCAA